AUGAGCUAUACAAGACAGGCAUUUCGAAAUUUCUGGGAUAAUAAUCCGCUGUUAGGCUAUACCUUAUCGAGAAGUGUCAAGUUAUUAUCGUGGAUACCGGUUAUCUAUGUAAUCUCUGAGCAUGUCACAUAUAUUGGAGUUGUUGAUGGUAUAUCAAUGAAACCGACAUUUAAUCCGGAUAAUUCUUUAUCCAAAGAUAGGGUAUUAUUAUGGAAAUUCAAUGUUAAAAACGUGGACAAUAUAAAAGUGAAUGACGUUGUAUUCUUAAAAAGCCCGAUUGAUCCAAACCAAAUCCAUACCAAAAGGAUCAAAGGUUUACCGUUGGAUACAAUUAUACCGAGAUAUCCAGAAAUUAGGUCCAAAGUAUUGAUACCUUUAAACCAUGUGUGGCUGGAAGGUGACAAUAUCCAUUCUAUAGACUCAAAUACCUAUGGUCCGGUGUCUACAGGUAUGAUCGUUGCAAAGGCCACAUGGAUUCUAUGGCCUUUGAAUAGAUUUGGCCCAAUCGAUAAUGGUGGUCGUGAAUGUAGGGAAAAUAAGCUGAGGUUUAAUCCGGGGACAGAUGACUCUGAUCCCAUUGAAAAAUAA